CCCUUACACACACACACACACACACACACACCUCCCGCCCUCCUCCUCCUCUCGCGCGGCUCUAUCGCGAGCUCCUUCUCCUCUCGUGCUUCUGCGUCCUCCGGCAGGAUCGAGCGGAGCAGGAGAGACACUGAACUAGCUGUAGUUAAUUAACCCCCCCUCACACACACCUAUACGUGCAGCGAAGCCAGCCCCCCGUCAGUGCUCCAACAGCGACUGACUGUCUGUCAGUCAGUCUUUCUGUCUGUCUGCUCGGCUGGGUUUGACUUUAGCCACCGCCUGCGCGAGAUUCACGUCCUGUCAGCGGGCUGGGCUCGAGCCGCGGCGGAGGGGAGAGAGGCAGAUGCGGGCGCGCGGAUGUUACCGGACCCGCUCGGAUGUCUAAAGCGCCACGGCUGUGUGAAGAGGGUGUGUUCCUGGAUUUGUUUGCCUCCAGAACGAUCAGCAAAGGAAAAAGCCACAGAUUUAUCUGGAAUUAGGCUGUUGAAGAAAAGGGGAAGCAACAAGGAUUUGGAUGAAACAAUACGUCACAGAAUAUUACCAUGCCAAAAGAGUGAAUGAAGGAAAAGCAGUGGUCUGAUGAUUGUAAAACACAUUUUGGAGUUUCAAAUGUGGAGCAAAUCUCAAAAAAAUGGAAAUGGAGGACUUUUUCUUUAGAUGUCAGUAAAUUACCUGGCAUGACUAUAUACUUGAACGCAAUUUAACAGACGGCACCUUAAGUAACUCAGUUGGAAUACAGCAAAAUAUGGAGCCACGCGGAACAGACGCCAGCCACAAAUGCAGCAAGGAACCACGUGAUAAGAAUACUCUACAGAGGAAAUGGGUCUCUGAGCCCUCUAAUGGUACACAAAGAAGCACUUAUGCAGAAUCGGAGAGUAAAAGACAUUUAGACCAUGAAAGUUUCCAGAGUGGUGCCAGUGGGACAGGUAUUGCAAGUGCUGGAAAGCUGCAUUUAAAUGCUGUGUCUCAGUCAUCUCAAGAAAGUCGAUUCUUUCCUCGGUCGUACUCCUACCAGUCGUACCCACAGCAGCCCAUGCAGAAACCUAUUCUGACUGGUACAAAGCCACAGACUGGUUUGGAGGCCCAUGCUUGGCCAUUCUCAGGCCAGUUGCAGUCUCUGCCGCCGGAUGAUAUAUUUCCUGCUCACUCCCGCAGUCAUGGAGUCUUUCCCCGUCAGAAGUCUCCAAGUUUACCUAGUGCUUUUGGCCAGUAUUCUCAGUCAAGCUCAGAGCAACAAGAAGAAGGACAUAAGAAGGAGCAGAAACCCAAGAAGCCAGGGAAGUACAUUUGCCAAUACUGUGGACGGGCAUGUGCUAAGCCCAGUGUUCUUAAAAAACACAUCCGGUCACACACAGGAGAGCGACCCUAUCCAUGCGGUCCCUGUGGUUUUUCAUUCAAAACCAAGAGCAAUUUGUAUAAACAUAGAAAGUCGCAUGCCCAUGCCAUUAAAGCAGGACUCGUUCCUUUCUCUGAGCUGGCUAUUCGUACAGACAUUGAUCAGGCAUCUUCAGUUGGUGAGGCAGAGGUACAUUCUGAUGGAGAGCAAAGUACUGACACUGAUGAAGAGACUGCAGAAAUAGCAAUGUAUCCAGAAAAAAGUAGCCCUGUACCCCAGAUAUCAUUUGAGUCUGACAAAAGCACAAUAGAAAAGGGCGGAGAACCAGCAUAUGCAGAUCCAGCAGAAGAGCUGGCUAUGGCGCCUAUGAAAGUGCCUAUCUUAAUUGUCCCAAAACAGGGGCUUCCAUCAACAGCCAUAGAGUGCAUCCCAUUCACAGAAAUCAAGGGAUCUCAUAUUGGAGGACAAAUGAUCAGAGGAGAUGAGUCACAUACCAUCAAACAAAGGCUUGCUUUAAGACUGACUGAGAAAAAGGGCCAGGACUCAGAGCAGUCACUGAAUCUGUUAAGUCCACACAGCAAAGGUAGCACAGAUUCUGGCUAUUUCUCUCGCUCAGAGAGUACUGAGCAACAGAUUAGCCCACCUAACACCAAUGCAAAGUCAUAUGAGGAAAUAAUGUUUGGCAGAACCUGGUAUUACAGACCCAGACAACCAAGCACAGUUGGAAUGGCUUCUCCUGCCAGUCAGGACCCUCACAACAAGAACUGUGCCAUGAUGGAGCUGGAAAUGGGAAAGAUAUGGGAAAGAGGUUCUGCAGAAUCACAGCUUGCUGCAGGGUGUGACCCUAAGCAGUAUCCUGGAGCGCCUUGCCAAAGCAAUGCUGGUCUCUUAGAAGCUCCUUCAGAAUCAGGGCCACUCAUUCGAAGCAACUCAAUGCCCACACCUUCUCCAACUAACCUCAAUGUACCACCAGGUCUGAGAGUAAGCCAUUCAUUUGAUGAGAUGAUGUCUCCUGAUGAUGUAUUUUAUCCAGCUGGUCUGAGAAGGCUGAGGAGACAGGCUGCUUUCGAGCAUGGGGAAUCUGAAAACUAUGGAAAGAUAUUAGGUCCUGUUUCAGCCAUGAAAGUGGUUGAAAGAGGCCUGGUUAUGUCUGAGUUCAAAGGUUCAGGAUCAGAGCUUGCUUGUCCAUAUAGCUCAUAUGGUACGAAAGUUGGAAUGCCAGAGAUGACCACACGAAAGCGACGUAAAGAAAAGAGUGUUGGUGAUGAGGAGGAUUGUGCUGUGCAAUAUGAUGAUGCUCAGAGUGGUCCUACUGAAACAGCAGACUUUGAUCUAAAACAAGCAAGUCAAGACUCUUCAAGGGCUACUCCAACAGAUAAAAGGUCAAUGUUUGGUGGUUAUAGCCCCUCGGAAAGUUUCGAUAAAGGUGCUGGUGUGUGUCCAGAGGGUGUGGCAAUUGGUCAAGAUCCAGACAGAAAAGCUGCGGGCAAUGUUAUAUCUGUUAUUCAACAUACAAACUCACUUAGCAGGCCUAGCUCGUUUGAAAAAUCAGAGUCAGUUGAACUUCAGAACUACCAUCCAGAAAAACUGAUUGGUCAGCUCUCUGAGCAGUCUGACACAGAAAACAUAGAGGAUGUGCAGAGUCCUGAAUCACUUGUGAGGUCUGAGAGCAUGGAACAUCAGCAGCAGGGUGACAGUGAAAUGGCAUCUGUUGCACCUAACCAGCAAUAUCAUAUGCCUCACAAACUAGUACGGCAACCCAACAUUCAAGUGCCUGAGAUCAGGGUAACAGAAGAGCCUGAUAAACCAGAAAAAGAACCAGACGCACCAGCUAAGGAACCAGAGAAACAUGUGGAGGAAUUCCAGUGGCCACAGAGGAGCGAGACUCUGUCUCAACUCCCAGCAGAAAAGUUGCCUCCAAAGAAAAAACGUCUUCGUCUUGCAGACUUGGAGCACUCAUCUGGAGAAUCGAGCUUUGAAUCCACCUGCACCAGUCUUUCAAGGAGCCCAAGUCAAGAAAGCAACCUGUCCCAUAGCUCAAGCUUCUCAAUUUCAUUUGAUAAAGAGGAAAGCAUUAAAUCAGUGUCACCAACAAAGCAAGAUGAGUUCAGUAAGCAAUCAGAGUUUCUGACUGUACCAGGGAGUGGUCAUUCUCUGUCAAUACCAGGCCAUCAUCACAAGGAGAUGCGUCGCUCUUCUUCAGAACAGGCACCUUGUGCUUUACCUACCGAGGUACCAGAAAUUCGGAGCAAGUCGUUUGAUUAUGGAAGUCUUUCAACCUCUUCAAGACAAGGGGAGGUAUAUUCCAGUGCUUCAGCCAUGAAGGAGCGCAGACGUGGAUACCUAGUUAGACAGGCAUCGCUGAGUGUCUACCCUGAAGCCGUACUUCAAGAGCAAGGCUCUGAGUUGAACAUCAAGCAGGAGCAUUCUGACCAACACGGCUCGCCAUCACCUUGGCAAGGCACCUCAUCUCUAACUGGCACAUCUCAUUCUGUUUCUGGAAGUGACCUAGCAAGAUCUAAAAGAUGCACGCAGCCAGUUCUUGGAUCACAUCAGCUGUUGCAACAAAGCAUAAGUGAAGACAGCCAAUCAGAAGACAUUCUGCAGAAAUCUCCUCGCUUGCUAGGGCAACUGUCUUCAGACAGCGAGGCAUCAGUACAUGAGCACAUGAGCCAGGAUGUAAUGCAGUCCUCGCUUCAAAGUAGCUUGGCUUCGUCUGCCUUUUUGCCAUUUCAGACAGUUCAGUUCUGGAAUCCUGAAUCAACUCAACGACCCAAACAUCACCUGCCUUAUCAGACACAUCAGUUACAGAAAGUACAUAUCAGACAGCCAAAUAUACAGCCCAUACUUCAGAAGUCCCACCAACCUUUACAUCAAAUACAGGGACAAAGUGUUUCAAAGACUGAUAGCACUAGUCACUAUUCAUAUCUUUUAAGAACCUCCCCACAGAAUGUAGGAGCGUUCUCAACAAAGGUGCUCACAACAAGUUCACUUUUCAUACCUCAGAAUGUCAGUUCCCAGCCACCACUCCCCGGAAUGAUGGUCCCUGUUAGGGCCCAAACAAAUGUGCCAUCAUAUGGUAGUGUUAUGUACACAAGUGUUUCACAGAUUCUUGCUACUCAUGCUCAGAGCACUACGUCUAUCAGAAUAAUAUGCUCAGACAAUGCAUCUACUAGCUCACUGGGCAUGUCCUCCAAACACCCGGUAGGGUUCAAUUUAUCCAAGAUAUUGGGCCAUUCAGAAGGAUCUUUGCAGUUCCCACUUUGGAAAGUUCCAGAACCAUUACCUGGGAGACUGAACACAGGCAUACCAUUGUCUUUAACAUCCGGGACUAUCUCAACUACAGAUGCUUCCUCCAGUAUCGGAGGGAGUAAGAGAAUGCUGUCCCCAGCCAGUAGUCUUGAACUUUUUAUUGAAACCAAACAACAAAAACGGGUCAAAGAAGAAAAGAUGUACGGCCAAAUAGUGAAAGAGCUAAGUGCUGUUGAGCUGAAUAACUCGAGUGCACCAAAAGACAGUGACACAUGUCCACAGCCUGAUCAUUUAAAGAGAGAGGACUCAGAAGAUGAUCAGGAGAGAAUGUCCUCAUCUCCACCAGCCAAUUUUCCACCAUCUAAGUUCCCAGUACGCCCCACUGUUUCUCAUUUCCCUGAUGUGCCACCCACAGACAGCUUUACCCCACCACUCCAGAUUGUCACCAACACUUCUAAAAGAGCAGAGUCCCCAGAAGAGCUUGAUGUAGAUGAAUCCACUCCAGAGGCAAGCUCAAGCCCACAGUCCAUGAUCUCCUCAAGUGAUGCUCAAGAAGACCUAAAGCAGGGCAGUAAGAUCCCCGUAAACAUGCUGGUACAACUUGCCGCUAGUCAGAGUGGUGGUGCUGCCGGUAGCACUCUACUGCUCACUGAUCUUGCAGAUGUUCAACAGUUUUUUCAGUUUCCAAGUCUCCGCACAACAACGAGUGUCAGCUGGUGCUUCCUGAAUUACACCAAGCCAAACUAUGCUCAGACAACUCCAUUAAGCUCUGUUUAUGGCUCUUGGUGUGUCAGCUCCUAUAAUCCUAACCCACUUAGUCUCAGCACCAAGGCAACUCUGGCACUGCUCCGCUCCAAACAGAGGAGGAACACAGAAACUUAUACAAUGGCUGCUAUGUAUCAACCAGGGACUGGAAAACUUGUUUCAUCCUUAUUGUGGAAGCAGAGGUUUGAACAGAUGAAGCCAGAGCUCAUGCAGCUGGAUGUUGGCAAGUUUGGGAAGAAAAUGAAGGGGGUGAACUCAAGGGAACGAGGAAAAGAGGACCACGGAGAGAAAGAGGCUUCCUCAAAGCAGCAUGAGCCCACUCGCAUUAAAAUAUUUGAAGGAGGGUACAAAUCCAAUGAGGACUAUGUUUACGUGAGAGGCAGAGGUCGAGGGAAGUACAUCUGUGAGGAAUGUGGAAUCCGAUGUAAGAAGCCAAGUAUGCUGAAAAAACAUAUUCGCACACAUACUGAUGUGAGGCCAUACGUCUGCAAGUUCUGCAACUUUGCUUUUAAGACAAAAGGAAAUCUAACAAAACACAUGAAGUCUAAAGCCCACAUGAAGAAGUGCUUGGAGCUGGGGGUGUCGGUGACAUCUGUGGAUGACGCGGACGCAGAGGAAACUGAUGCCACUGAAGAUGUCCAAAGGGAUUCUGGGAAGAUUGGCAUGCUGGACAGCAUGGCGAAGCACCAGUUUUCUGAUGCUGACGAUUCUGAUGGACCUGAAGAUGAUGGAGAUGAGGUGGAUGAGGAUGAAGAAGAUGACGAUGAUUAUGAUGGUGAUUCCACACCAAAGACACGCUCUCGAAGCACAAGUCCACAGCCCUAUGUUAUCCCCUCACACGCUAUCACUGCAGUUGCUGCAUCUCAAGAGGCUGCGCCCGAGCUUUUGGGCUCUGCUCCUAAGCAGCCUCUGUUUAGUUACUUCACCAGCCUCCCAAGUAUUCAAAUCACCCAGCUCAUGCCUAGUGAAAGGGCUGGAGAGGCCCAGAUGGCGGAAUACCAGAAGCUCCUGCAAGGUGCUUUAGGGGAAGACUACAAAAACAGACUGGAAGUGCCUAGCUCCAUGGAUGAAGAUUUUGGCUUAUCUCCAGAACACAGCUCAUCGUCCUUCGACUUUUCACCUUCUCGACUGUCAUCACCUGGCUGCGACUCCUCACCUCUUCGAGAGCCCUCUCCCAGCAGGAGAUACUUGUCUCCAAGGCGGGAUAUUUCUCCACGGGGUCGCUUGUCUCCGAGACGGGAGGCAUCCCCCCUCAGGCCACUCUCCCCCCGAAGAGAUGUCUUUCGACGGGAUCUGUCUCCCAGGGGGGACCUGUCCCCGAGGAGUCACCUUUCACCUAUCUCUCACGCAGGAAGGCCAACGUCUCCCUCCAGCAGACGUGAUCUGUCACCAAGGAGUCGCCACAAAGGCAUAAUCAGACCACUGUCUCCAAGAAGGGGUCUACACCAUCAAAGUGGUCCUUGGACCAUAAACCAGCAUCCACUUGGAGAGAUGAACACAGUGUCUCAAGCAACUGGAAGCAAGUCAGAGUUAGAUAUGGAUCAACGAAAGAGCUGUCAUCACCAAGGAGAUGUUCAUAGCACCGAGGGUCCCUGCACAAACCAGGGUCUUUUUAGCCACCUCCCUCUUCACUCUCAGCAACAGCUCCGCACGCCAUUACCUAUGAUUCCAAUUGGUGGUAUCCAGAUGGUGCACUCUGUAACAGGCCUGGCCCACCCCGCUCGGCUUCCUCUUCAGAAGAGCACUUCAGAAGAGUCCAGCACCAGUGAAGUGUCCUUCCAUAUCUCAGAGGGCCGCAGGACAAACAGUGGCGGCAGCAUUCGAGGUGCAGAGGAUUCAAGGCAGCCUCAGGAAGUGUCUGCGUCCCCCAGGUCCAUAUCCUCGGUCUCAUUGUCCUCUCCACAGACAUCCAGAGAAGACAGCAAAGAGCUGGGUGAGACAGAAAGCAAGCAGGAAGAGAGCAUCCAGACCUGCACUAAGGCCAUCGCUUCUCUGUGCAUUGCUUCAGAAGAUCCUACAGAGAAAGCUUCUGUUGAGCAGUUCCACCAGUCUCAUUCUCCCACAGCCCAACAGGAGAGUGCACAGAGCAGACCUCAGCACUUCAGUAGCUCUGAGAUUAGGCACCCCUUACACUCCGGCUCUGAAACAGUGGCAGGCCAUUCCCCGGCCUAUAGCGCAGAGACAGCGGAAAAAACACCAAGCCUACUGGGCCAUGGUGAGAAGCCAACCAGCACAAAGAAAGACAGAGAGUCAACAAAAGACUACACUGACAACAGGUGAACAAUGUCAAAAGGGAGGGGCAGUUCAUUUUACUCAAAAAGUACGUUUACACACACACACACACACACAGCAGCUACAGUCACAUACUCAAGCAGUCUUUAAACAAGCAAACUGAUGCAACAUUCAAUAGUUUCAGUGUACUUGUACAGUGUAGCAUGCCUUUUAUAACCUGGUUUGCUAUUUCGACUAUGAUUACUUUCUUAUUUAAAGUUUCAGAGAAUAUAUGUUAACUUAUACCUGUAUAUGAGCCUGACCAAAUUUGCUUAUGGACUCUGUCCGGUACUUUUAAAUGUACAGAUGUGUGUGCCUUUUUCUUUACUUUUGCUUAUAUUCUUAUAAGCAUAUGAAACAGGAAGACAUGUAAAUAUAUCAAGUUUUGUGUACCUGCUUUGUAUAAAAUGCAAUUUGCUGUCUUUUUUGGACACCUGGGUCUGAAUGAUGUGAAGUAUCAAUAUAUGUAAUGUUGCACUAAAACAUAUUUUUAUAUGAGUGAAAUUAAAUGGCUUUUGUGUACAGAAGCAAUUCUAUAAUACUAUUUAUUGUAUCAUGUUUAAUAAUUUGUAAAUUUUUCUUAAUGUUGUGGAUGCCUUUUCUAUGUAAAGCAUGGGUUUUGCUAUUGCAUAAUUAGAGCAUAUAUAUAUAUAUAUAUAUAUAUAUAUAUAUAUAUAUGUAUAUAUGUGUGUGUGUUUACCUACUUGUGUUGAAAGAUAUAUAUAUAUAUAUAUAUAUAUAUAUAUACAAUUUAAGUAAACAUUGAAGUAUCUAGCAUACAUACAGACUAUAUAUCUGCACUUACAUUUUAGAUUGACACCCACAUACAGUAUGGUAGUUAUCUCUAAGUGCUUGUGCCCUCCCCUCUCCUGUCUGCUAAAUAGGCUACACUAGUUGUGAUUUUAUUGCUUUUUAUGUAGAACUGUCAAGCAUUAAGUGAAUCAGACUUGUCCACUUGUGCAUUUCUUCCAAAGCAUACUGAAGUAAUCGUGAAAUAUUAAAGGUAUUUUGAUCUUCUGUGAAUCAUAUUGCUUGAACUACUUGAUUUCUUGAUUACUAUGGGGAACAUUCCAGCAUAUGUAAAUAUUGAAUGCCCACAUUUCUCUAUGCUCAUAAUCAUACAUUCAUACGUGGAAAGGAGUUCAUCAUAGGCCAUAACAUCAGUCUAAAAACAUUUUUAAGGUCUUGUAAGAACUCCGAUAUUAAAACGCACCUUAUAUUUCUUGAACCUUCAGAAACAAAUCCCAUGCUAUAUCAGUUUUAGAAGUGGGAUUUUGUAAAUACAGAUGCUUUUAAAAAUCUGUAUCUCUUAAUUGAACUAGAGUACAGAGCCAGAGUACUCUUGAGUGUAUAUCUGUAAUUUGUAUUACUUGUAUAUGAUAUAUGUAAUUCACUCCCUGGACAUUUUGUCAGUAGUCCCUGGUGUUCAUUCUUUACUGUAUUAACACUGUUUAAACCUAAGGUAUCAAAGCACAAAUCAUUGUAACGAAAAAAAGACAUUAAAAAAUGGGUAACUUUGUGAUGUCCAGUGCAAAAUAUCAUAUACAUAUUUGACAAUGACCCACAAUACAGGAAAAACAAAAUUGAGGAUUGUUGUUUUCAAAUAAAUACAACUAUGAGAA